AUGUCCCACACGCACAAGCUAUCAGGUGCUAAUGCUACGCGACGUCCGCCCAUCCGUCCAGCCCCAUGUCAAGUACACCAGGCUUUUUCGAAAACGUGCAAGACGGUCACCGGUCCUUCUUCCAAUCCCCGCCGUCUCCAUCCUGAUUCCUCUCUACGUCGCCGCCGCAGUGCUUUUGCAACAUCCUGGGUAUCACGUCCACGUGCGCUCCUCGCUCUCCUUCCCUCACUCUUCCACCGUUCCCGGCCAAACACCGAUGAACCAAACGAACCUCAGCAACAUCCACUGGGACCUGGUACCUCCUCUCGUCGCAGUCCUCCUGUUGUCGACGCCCCUACACUAGAUGACAAGAAGGCACUGUAUGUUACUCGGCGGCCGUAA